AUGGUGCAUUUGGCAGAGCUCUUCGAAAGAUUACAGAAUGCAAAACUACUUAUAAAUUUAGCCAAAACUGAAUUUGCGAAGGCAGAGGUGAUGCCCUUGGAACGCAACAUCGGACACAGAAGGAUGAAUCUGAGUGGUGUGAAGAUGAAGAUCAUCAAGGAAUUUCCAAGAUCAUCCUUGAAGAAGGAGGAGUUUCGAUUUUUGGGACUGAAUGGAUUCUUUUGGAAAUUUAAACAGAAAGCUCUGGAAGUUGGAUAUGUGAAACGAAUAAAGCAAGCAAAUGCCAGAACUGUUCAGAAAGUAGGGCAGCCAUCAGCUUUGAAAAGCGCUACCUUUCAAUCGACCUGUCUACAGUUAAACAAACUGUGCGGCGUAGAAUUGGGUGAACUCAGAAAAACACAUUCGGAGCUUCUGGGAGAAAUGCAUGGAUCCCCGAAAGAACUGGUGUUUGCCAUUUUCUAUCCUCUUCUUGCAGUUAUCGGGCUUCCAGCUAACUUGCUUGCCAUUGUAAUUCUGCUUCGAGGAAACUGCGGCCUUUCCAGAUGUAUCACGCUAUACCUGACGGCGUUGGCAGUGGCAGAUUUCCUGGUCAUUCUAACAGCAGUGGUACUGAACAGGAUUUCUGGUAUCUAUUUCCAAUUCAGUUUUCUGUCAAUUACACCAAUAUGCAGUCUUCGUGCUGUCCUGAACGUUGUAGGUUUGGGCAGCUCUGCCUGGCUAACAGUGGCUUUUGCUUUUGAUCGAUUUGUCGCCAUUUGUUGGCAGAAACUCAAAAUAAAAUACUGCACCGAGAAAACGGCAGCCCGGGUGAUAGGAGCUGUUUAUGUAGCCUUCUGUUUUAUUUCUUCUUUCCUGUAUUUCAUAUAUGAACCGUUGUACAUAGAUAACCAUGUACCCUGGUUCUGCAAUGUAAAGGCCAUAUUUUAUACAGAACCUGCGUGGGCUGCAUAUGACCUGAUUCUUCGCAUUUUAUGCCCUUGUCUCGCAUUCACCCUGAUUCUACUGUUCAAUGCUCGGACUGUCAAACACAUUAUAGUGGCCAGUAAAGCCCGCAGCAGGCUCCGGUCCCAGAAUGGUAAAGAGAAUAAGAACGAUCCAGAGAUGGAGAACCGGAGAAAAUCCAUUGUCUUACUCUUCUGUGUUUCGGGCAGCUUCGUCCUGUUAUGGAUUUGGAUGCUAAUAACUUUCAUCUAUGUCAGAAUUGCGAGUCUGAAUUAUUCGUCCAGUUCUAAUUUUAAUGAAUCCAACUACAUUCUGAAAGAAAUUGGAGUUAUGCUUCAGCUUAUGAGUUCUUGUAUCAACCCAUUCAUCUAUGCAGGGACACAGAGUAAGUUCAGACAGCAGGUAAAAAUUGCACUGAAAUAUCCACUGACGCUUUUUGCAAAAUUUGGCGUCAUGAACAGGAUCGGAAAGAGACCUACCCAAAAAGAGGUGGCAGCCCCAGGGCACUUCCCGGUCCACUGGGGGCACUCCCUAGACUGGCAGAAUAAGGAUUGGCCACCCACAAAGAAAAAGGAGGCCACAUCGGGACACGGCUUUGUAGAGCACCCGCGCACUGUUCGCGACAGACGGCACCUUCCAGUCGCCAAAAACUUCAACUUCCCCUCCCAUAUUGAGGCCAUGGAUUGUAGGCUCCCAAAGCGGAAGAUGAGGUGCUGCUCCUGCAGUUUCCGGGUGGCGUAUUGUCACACUGGAGGAGUUGUUGAAGGACAGUUGGCGUAUUGUGUCCCGUAUGAGGUCACAUUUCUGAACAAAACUGGAGUGUUAAUUAAUCUUGUGCCGUUCUUCUGUGUCUGA